AAGACCCACCGAGGACUUAAUAACAAAAAACCUGGAUAAAUUCACAUAAACGGAUAUAUUUAAAUCCCAAACAAAGAAAUUAACUUGAGAUUGUCCUGAUAUUUCGGCCUUUUUGCGCUACAAAAUUGUAUUUCCAGCAGGCGACAUAUAAUAAACUAGCUAAAUCUAUCCCAGAUGCUACCUGUGGGGUUAUCAAUGGAAUGUAUGGACCACGAUCGAAUUUGCUAAAACCAAGAAAAAAUCGCGAAACUUUAGAAAUUUAAUGGCAUAAGUACAUUCAACAGUACUAUGGCUCUGUACUGAAUCUCUAUUCAAUUGGAAUGUUCUCAGCUCAAUCUUGAAAGAUGGCUCAAACAACUCUGUGCCGACUUUGUGUUGAAAUUUGCAGUCAAUAUGAAACAUUGUGCGAUGAAAAUGGUGAAAGCAAUGCCAUAUACGAAACCACUGUCAAAUAUUUCGAUCCAAUUCUUUUGAAUUUGGAUCAGGAGAAACAACCCGUAAUAUGUGUUGGAUGCUGGCGCCACAUAGAUGAUUUCAAUAAAUUUCAAGUGUCAGUUAUACUGGCACAAUCCAAGUUAAAUGAAUAUACUAGCUCACAGGUAGAGCCGGAGACGAUAGUUAAAACUGAAGAUGCCAUUACUGAGGAAUCUGUAUUAGAUUAUAAGGACAAUAUUGUUCAAAUUUUUACCACUGCAAGUAAUACCAAUAUCGAGAACAAUGGAUAUGACAAAGACUUUAUUGGAUUUCCAGAAGUGGAUGGACUCGAUGACCAUCGUGAUACAUACUUCAGCUCCGAUGAUGACAAACCUUUGUUAGAAUGUAUGAGAACACGUUCAAAAGGUAAAAGGAAGAUUUCCUCCAAAACCAAGAAGUAUGAUGAUUGCAUUAACGUUCCCAAAAGACGGGGAAGAAAACCAAAAGUGAAAGAUUCAACAACCGUUAAGGAAAGCGUUUUAGAUGUUGCCAAUUCUGGCGAGGUAGACAAUUUAAUAAAUGAUGUUACAUUAAAAGAAGAGGAUGCGGCGGACGAUACAGCACCCUCAAAUGAUGAAGUCGGCGCAACAAAACCCAAUAAUUCAACGAAAAGAUCAUCCAAAGAAAUUGACGAAUUUAUAGCAAAAUGGAAACAGGAUUUGGACUGUUACCUAUGCAGUGCAACUGCCCCAAAUAUGAUGGCUUUACGAAAUCACUUUCGUAAACAACACCCCAAGCAGAGGUGUUAUGUUCUUUGUUGCCAAAGAAAGUUGAGUCGUCGUCAUCAGCUGGAAGAACACAUUCGCGUCCAUGUUGAUCCUGGUGCCUUCCAGUGUAAACUAUGUGGCAAAUGUUGUACAAAUAAACGAACUUUGAGUAAUCAUAUGUACGAACAGCAUACCGAGCAGGGACAGGAACGAUCCUUUGAGUGUCCAAUAUGCCAUAAAUGUUUCGCCAAAAAGCCAGUGUGGAAACGUCAUAUGGAAAUACACGAGCCUAACAAGGAUCAUGUGUGCAGCGAAUGUGGCAAGGGAUUUCCAACCGAACAACGUCGUAUUGUACACCAACGAAUGGUUCACAAUGUUGAACGUGUAUGUGAUCAGUGCGGAAAAACUUUCCGCGGCAUCUAUUCACUGCGGACACAUUUGCAAGAGCACGCUGGUAUAGAGAGACGAAAAUGGCCAUGUGAUCAGUGCAGUGCAAAGUUAAACACCCACGCAAGCCUAAAGCGUCAUAAAUUGGUGGCUCAUAAUGACGGCAAAACCGUUUACAUAUGCAGCGAGUGUGGAAAAGUGGCUCCAUCCUCGGUGGCAUUACUUAGUCAUAAGAAAUAUGUUCAUCAAGCAGAACGGAAAUAUAAGUGUACCAUUUGUGAUAAGGCUUUUAAAACCAGUCUAGUACUGCGCGAGCAUAUGGCCAGCCAUACAGGUGAAGAUCUCUAUACCUGUCCACAUUGUCCGAAAACGUUUAAAGUCAGCUCUAAUAUGCAUCAUCAUCGUAAAAAAGCCCAUCCCGUAGAAUGGGCUGCAGCUAGAUCGAAAAAGCCAAUGACGGCGAGUAUUAAUAUGGCACAAGUGUCACAGGAAAUAGUUAUGUAAAUAUUUUAUACAAUAGUUAGAUACAUAGAUUUUUAUGUAAUUAGUGCAAUGUAAAUAAAUAUACAUAU